CUGCAAACUAUUGCGGCUCAACAAGUGGCUUACGGAUAGAGUUGAACAGAGUUUAGACGGGCAAACAGCUGUGAUUGAAACGCUUUUCGCGUCCUCUUUUACUUUACUUUGUCUGAAAAACUUGUUCUAAAUGUUUUGUUUUAUCGUGCAGUUCUUUUCUCACUGCCGCGUUUGAUUUGGCCAGACUAUAGCUGCUGUAAAGAGACUUCACCUGCGCCGGAUUUGUUUGACCUGAUUAGGUUCGCUUGGACACUUUUAAUUGGCUGCUUUACGCACUGAGCGAUUGAAACUCAAAGUGUGUAGUGGCGUGAUGUACAGCAUGAUGGAGCAUGAACUGAAGACCGCGGGUCAACCUCAUCCCCACCACAACAGUCCGGGGAUGUCUCCUCCGGUCAGCGGGGUUGGAAACGCGCACCACGGAUCAAAAACCUCUUGUCCACCCGGCGGGGACCCCAUGGACAAAGUGAAGCGCCCCAUGAAUGCGUUUAUGGUGUGGUCCCGAGGUCAACGGAGGAAGAUGGCACAGGAGAACCCCAAAAUGCACAACUCUGAGAUAAGCAAACGUCUUGGUGCGGAAUGGAAACUUUUAACGGACACUGAGAAGCGGCCGUUCAUCGAUGAGGCCAAACGGUUGCGGGCCGUACACAUGAAGGAAUACCCCGACUACAAAUACAAACCUCGGCGCAAGACCAAAGCCCUCAUGAAGAAGGACAACCCCGUCGGUAAAUAUCCCCUCGCAGCCGGUAACCUGCUGGCAUCAGCCGUGGCACAGGGACAAGGCGGGAGCCCGAGAAUGGACGGCUAUGGCUGGGGUCACACCGGUGCUUAUAUGGGAAUGCAGGGUGAAGCGCUCGGAUACCCGCAACAACUGCACCGGUACGAGCUGUCAGCUCUCCAGUACCCGCCGGCACAGACCUACAUGAACGGAGCCGGCUCUUACAGCCAAAUGUCAUAUAGUGGCAGCCCUCAGAAUCCCAGUUCAGUGAUGUCUAUGGUUAAACCAGAACCCCUAUCCCAUUCGCCUACUGGAGUACCAAACCACCACCGUGGGGCUUUCCAAGGGGACCUAAGGGACAUGAUUAGCAUGUAUAUUCCAGGCAGUGAUAACAGCGAUACCUCAAACCAGAGGGCCUAUCCUGGAGUGCAGCAGCACUAUCUUGGUGGAACUGUUCCCCUCACUCAUAUCUGAAGUUUAGGGAAUGCUCCCUGAGCUUCGAUUAGUUGGACCCUUAUUGGGAACAUAGUGCCACACACAGACUUUAUGGAUUAUUGAACACUUCUGAUUGUUUACUACCUCCUUGAUUUGAAUGAUCUGAAGUUGUGUGUUGACUAUAGAAAAUGUUGCCGUUUCAGCCUCCUGUUGUUUUAUGGUCUUUGCAGCGAUCACAUUUUGACCAGGAGUAACUUCUCAUGACGUUAAAGUCAGCUCAUUUCUCCAUUCCAAAUUCUAGCAUGGCCAUCCUUUUUGUUCCUAAGUGGAUAGGUUUUUAAAGUGUUCUUUUGUGCUCUGUGCAAUGUUUAGAACCUGCAGCAGUAGGCAAUCAUGAUACAUAAUCUAAUUGGUGUAAAAAACAGGGCAGCAUAUUGGGAACUCCCAAAAACAGGUCAACCAAUAGUGACUGCCAUGACCAGUGAUGAACAUGCCAUGUGACCUUGAGGGGUGUAAAUUUAGCACAUUUCGUUUUGUAUGCCCAAACUAGCUCAGUACAUGGAAUAACUGUGUGAUGGGUGAGGUUGACCUAAGUGUCUCUUUAAAUCUGGAUAUGGAUAGUAGUGUUUUGGACAAUCUCAGGGCUUUCUUUAAAAGAAUGGCAAGAAAUGACAGUAUAGAUCAGUUGUAACAUUGCCUCAUUUAUUUAGAAGUUCUUGAAACUGUUACCCAAGUUCUAAUGGAGGAUUAAAAAUUAAUUUGGUCACUAUCUGCUUUUGUUUUCCUACUUUAACGGCUGUAAAUUCAUAUACACCAUACCCGUGUGCAUGUAUGUUUGUGAAGUAACUUUGUUGUAGUCCUUUCAAGGAAAUUGCACUCCUGUAAAUGGUACAUUUUAGGCAUAUUUACAGAUUGCUAAAUGUUUGUGUCAUCUAGCAUUCCAGCAUUUCCCUCUUAUGGGUCAAACUUGAAUGCACUGAUCUUUGCUAUCAGUGAAUGCACUUCAUUAGACUAGGAGGUUAUAGACAUCACCUGGUCUUUUUUUCAUUCUACCACAGCAUUAAGUCACAGUAUGGUUGACCAGUGAGUUCAGUGGACUUAACUGAGGUUUUCUUUUGGGCACUGUUUGCUUUUUGUUUGUUGUUUUUCUCCCCCACAGAGACCUGGUCCAUUAUCAACAAAAUGCAAAGUUAUGUCAAGGUCUUGAGAUUUGUUUUGAACUCAUAAACUGUGUGUAGGCAUUGUCAAAUAUGUAAGUCAUUCUGACUCGUUGCCACAAAGCUCGGUCAGUUAGUUACUAAUGUUUUUUUGGUUAAUUAAAUGGUGAUUUAAGCAUAAUGAAAAGUUUACAUUGCCAUUGAAGUUUGCAGCUUGCCGUUGACAUUUAUUUUGACUUUUUUAUUUUAUUUUUUAUAAUGGUUUUAAUUUUGGUUGUAAAUGCUGUUUGUACAGUGUACUUUUUUCUGGUUCUUAUAAGGGCCGUUUUUACAGAAUAAAUGACAAUACAACAUAG